CUCUUUGACUGGCUCCGCCACCUAUAUGCGCAUCUACAUUAUGUUGUACGCCACGAUGGGGAAACAACCGAGUCCUUCCGCGCCCUCAUGGGCAUUCUCAUCGGGGAUCCGGCGUCCCCGCUCCUCUGGAUCCUCUUCCUCUCAGACUUCACUCUUGCUCCCCAUCCUGACGACAUCUUCCUUGCUGGGAUACGUGUAUCGCACCUCGAGCUCGCCGACGACCUCGCAUUUCUCUCGCUCUCGGCAGAGGGCAUGCAGAGUAAACUCAGCCAAUUCGAGCACUACUGCGGUGUCAACUUCCUCCUCAUCAACGUCCCAAAGUCCGUGGCUUCUAUCCAUGGCCCACUACCGGACCCGACACCAGCUCUAAAGCUCUACGGCAGGGUCCUUGCCUACGUCGACUUGGCUGCAUACGUUGGCAUGACGUUCCUCACAACGCACAGGGACAUCUUCAAGGAGCAUUACGCAGUGAAGGCGUCCAAGGCACGCAGCGCAUCUAGCUCGGCAUUCUGCCUGGAGCACUACAUUGGCCCGCUCCCGCCCGAUGUCGCUCUGACGCUGUAUCGGUCUCGAGUGGACCCCCACCUUGUCGCAGGCUGUGAGGUCGCGCUAGAUGUUCGAGCUGAGUCCAUAGCCAUACUCGAAGAUGCACAGCACAUCUUCUUGCGCAGAGCACUCAACAUCAGCCGUCGAGCUCAGCUAGCACCCCUCUUCUCCGAAACAGGCCUAUGGCCCAUUGGAUACCGCCGCUACUACCUCGCAGUGCUAUUCCUGAUCUACCUCCUCGACAAGAGACCCACACUCGCAUAUGCAGCUUUCCUGGAGGUCUGGUCGCUGUCGGUUAACGAUGGGGCCUCAACGUGGUGGACAGACCUCUGUCAUGUGGGUCUGGCACUGCCGGUCCCGGUGACACUGGCCCAUGCGGAAUUCCCAACGACGGACACCCUGCGAGAGUUCCUUGGAGUCAUUGAGAAGAGCCUCGCAAAGCACCUCUACGACACCAUCCUCGAGUCCAGGCAUCUACCCCUACUGCAGACCCGAUACCGCCGCCUCAGAGCAAUAUGCGCCCGUGCCGAUUAUCUAAAGCUCCCGCGUAGGCGACAGCGACAGGCACUCCUGUUGCUCGUGUUUUCCGAACACCCCCUGGCGGUUGAGCGUCUGCGCCGCGCUCCCGGUCCGGUGCCCAUACCCCGCAACCGACGCAUUUGUCGACUCUGCAAGCUGCGCAAUGCGGUGGAAGACGAGACACAUGUCCUGCUCCAAUGC